UUACGAUUUGAUGGCAACCCGACGACACUAGUACAUGUAGUAACAAUUUUGCUGUCAAACAACUAAAUUACAAGAUGUAUCUUGAGUCCUGUAUGCUCAAUGUGGUAUUGCUUUACUUUGUCGGUGUGUACAAUUUAGCUGAAGGUUUGCAGUGUUACCGAUGUUCCAGUGAGGACACCAAUGAUAACUGCAUCGGAUCCAACAACAUUCAGACAUGCUCGAUCACCCAAGAUAGAUGUCUUACCCAAGUUACUUACUCAAGAGAGCGAGGAAAGUUGGGGAUAGAUAAAUCUUGUGCCUCUGUGCAAGGAUGCAAUGCAGCUAUUGAACAGUUGUCCAAGUACUACUUCUGUGACAAGUCCAGAGCGGGAUGGGGGUGUGUAGAAUGCUGCCCAGAGGACAGAUGCAAUGAAAGUAGAGGGGUUAACAUUCACCAGCAGUCCUGGAUUCCUUUGAUAACCAGCAUAGGUAUUAUUUUCUAUUAUGAGUUGUGCAGAUGAUGGAUGGAGUUUUUUCUUCUAAAUUGUUUUCUUCAGUGUAAUAAAAAUAAAAUGAGGAAUUAUUUCCCUUUUCAAUGCUUUCACUUGACCAUACAGAUUAAUUGAAAGCUACUAAAAGAAUGGAUACCAGUUUAAGAAAUGCCAAUGAAUGAUGAUGUGCGUGGAUCUGUUUCUUAGCAUCUUUACAAGUAAUGAUCACUUUGCAUAGUAUUGGCUUUCUGUAUCUUGUACUGUCAAGAAAGAAAAAAUCUCUGUGAGUGAUGCACAUACUAAUUACUGAAUUUUGUGUUUUCACUGAAAAGAGAUACAUGUCAAAAUGCAUAAACUUUUGACUAAACUACAAAAACAUUGUAAAAUAAUGAAUUAGUAGUAAAGUUUGCAAG